UGAGAAACUGCCCGGACGACUUAUUGCAAAAACCAUUGCUGAAAUAUGAAUAUUGCUCAAUUCCUACCCAGAAUUUCCUUAUAAACCAAGGAUAUAUAAGCAGCAAAUCUCAGAAAAGAAGGUAAUGAUUGUAUGGCAGAGAAAGAAAAACCGAAUAAAGUGUUAGAGGCAUGUCGUCUUUAUACGGAUGCAAUUUUCACAGCAAUUGGCGUGGAUAACAUGGAAUUAUCACUGGGAUAUGCAAAUCGAGCUUUGGCACUUCAAUGUUUUGGUUACUAUCAGCAGGCGUAUGACGAUUGUGAGUGCGCUUUAGAAAUUGGCUAUCCGAAAAAGCUGUAUCCUAAAAUUAUUUGUCGUCAAGCAUACUGUGCUCUUCAACUGAAUAACGCGGAGCUAUUAACAAAACAUCUUAACAGUUUGGAAAGUAUGCAUUUAAAUGAAAAUUUUCGACGGCAAGAGCAAGAACUAAGAGCUAAUUUAUGGAAAUUACAAAAUCAAACUGAAAAGACGAACGAAAAUGUUGAAUUGAUAUUGAAGAAUCGAGAUUCUCAGGAAAUUGUUAAUACAUUUAGUGAAAUUGGACGGUAUAUGGGAGCUAAACGACUUAUUAAACAAAAUGAACUUAUUUUUUCGGAGCGAGCAACAGCUCUUGCUCCCAUAGGUUCUGCCAUUCAACUUAAUAAUCACUGCGCAAAAACUAGUUUUAUACCAAUACCUUGUCAGCAUUGCCGUGUCCGUGUUGUAUAUUGCUCACUCGCUUGCUUGAAAGCCCAUAAAAAUAUUCAUUUGCACGAAUGCUCGGCGUACCAGAUGCAGCUAUUCGCUCAUGCAGGUAUUGCCCAUUUAGUUUUACGGAUAAUUCUUGACAAUGGACUACUAACAAUUCUGGAUUUAUUAAGGAAUAAACAAACGACUAAAGCAAUCUGGACUUCGCUAACGGAAGGGGGCGAUGCUUGGAUGAGCUUACUAUAA